AUGAUUGGCUCUUCACAGAAUCGGAUAGCAGCCUCUGUUCUGGUUUCCUGUAAUGCGGGUUUCUUUUCAAUAAGAACAAGCAAUUACGAUGAUGAGGGAGAUGGCGGAGUAUAUGGAGUAGGUUUAGGAGUAAGAGCAGGAAUAGGAGGACAAGUACUUGGAAGAGGAGUAGGAAGACAAGUACUAGGAGGAGGAGUAAGAGGAGAACAAGUACUAGGAGGAGGAGUAAGAGGAGGACAAGCACAAGGAGGAGGAGUAAGAGGAAGACAAGUACAAGGAGGAGGAGUAAGAGGAGGACAAGUACUAGGAGGAGGAGUAAGAGGAGGACAAGUACUAGGAGGAGGAGUAAGUGAAGGACAAGUACUAGGAGGAAGAGUAAUAGGGGGACAAGUACAAGGAGGAGUAAGAGGAGGAAAAAUACAAGGAGGAGUAUGA